UUAAAGAAUCCGGUGCAAAGCACAAGGGAUUGAUUGAAAUACCCAACCUCUCUGAAGAAAAUGAAGUAGAUGACACUGAGGUGAAUGUGAGUAAAAAGAAAGGAGAUGGGGAUGUACUGAAGGAUCUUAUGAAAACUGCAGGCACCGCCAAGGUCAGGGAGGCCCUUGGAGAUUACCUGAAGGCACUUAAGACGGAAUUUACAAUGGGAAUGAUUUUACCAACGAAAGCAACCGCAACUCAGGAAUUGACUGUUAAAAGGAAACUGAGUGAGAACACCUUGCAGGUGCCACUGGGUGUCAGGAUCCCCACUGUGGCGCUGCACAUGACGGAGCUGUUCGACGCAGGUGUAGAGCGGCUGUAUAGCAUCUUCACUGUGAAAGAGUUGGUGCAGAAAUUUUCUAAAUCUCCUGCCAUAUUAGAAGCUGAAAAGGGAGGGAAAUUCCAGAUGUUUGAUGGGAAUGUCACCGGUGAAUAUAUAGACCUGUUAACAAAUGAAAAGAUUGUCAUGAAAUGGAGAUGUAGGAACUGGCCAGAAGAACACUAUGCAACAGUUGUACUGAAUUUUGUGCCUACUCCAGGGCAAACGGAAUUACAGUUGGACUGUAAAGGAGUUCCUGUCUGUAAAGAAGAGAACAUGAAAUUCUGUUGGCAGAAGCAGCAUUUUGAAGAAAUAAAAGGUUUACUGCAGCUGACCACUCUAAAUGGUUGAAUUAGAAGAUUUUACAAGAGCAUUACUUUUUGUAAGCAGAAAGUUACUUGUUCCCUAUCAUUUCUUUUAAAAAAGGACAACAGAAAUCUUAAUUUAUAUUGGAUGAGAUCCAUGAACUUUUACAGAUUUUAAAGCAUUGUUUGAAUCUUGACUACAAGUAAGAAGUAGCAAGCAACCUGAAAUUAAGUACUUAACCUUACCUCCCAUAGAUGCUCCUCUGGGAAUACAUUGAAUUCCUGAGUACAGAUGUAGUUUCCUAGCCUAAAGUUUGUCCUUGUAGCAAGCUUACUUUCUGGUGUAGUUUUAGUUCAGGAAGACAAGAAUAAGUGGCAUGUUGAUGUCAUUCCUUUAUUUACUUCAGGGUUUCUAAGGUAGGUAGCUCUUAGGUUAGUGAAACAAUGGCAUGUUGCACUCAGAAGCAUGUUGAAGUGAGAGGAGUUGGUUGUAUUGUCACACUUUUCCCUGCAGCAAUAAGCAUUACAGGGUGGAAAGACUGAACAGUCUAUGGGAAUAAGUUACUUUUGGACUGCCACUAACCUCUGACGAAAUAGAAUACAACCGGUAAGUGCUUCCCCCAUUCACAGUUUUCUCAUUACUUUCACCUGAGAAGACUGAAGCAACGUAUGUAAACAAAUUAAAAGUAAUCACAAUCAGUUUAAUUAAGUGCACAGAAUAGCAAUCAGUCAUGUCAAUAAAAAUAAAACAAUUAUUUUUA